GUUACAUGCUAUCGAGUGUGACCGUAUUGAAUUGCGUUAGAUAAAAAUUUUAUUUCUAUUGAGCAUAAAGGCAAACGACGAAUAAGAAAAAAGAAAAAUAAAAAUAAAUAUUAAUAAAUAAAGAACAAAAUGAAGAUCUCCCUGGGAUAUUGCUUGGUUCUUUGCCUCCUAUCAACGAGAGUACAAACGAAGCCACAAAUAACAAAAUUAUUUCCGAUCGAGGAGAUACACGUUAACGAUCAUCGUGAGCCUAAUAAUAAUAAUAAUAAUAAUAAUAACGAGACGAAACUAUUCGACAAAUUAUUUGGAAAAUUACGUGCAACAUAUAAUUUUGUAUUUCGCAAAGGGGAUAACAAUGUUACUAUAAGUAACGUCGAAAAAAUAUUACCGAAGGACGCGCCGAAUCCCGAUAUCGAGGCAUUGAAAUUAAUUUGGAAAAAUCCAAUAAGUACGAAUUCGGGUAUAACGAAAUUAAAUCCUCAAGUCCCAAAGGAACCUGAGAGAUAUCAAACGAGAAUAAAAACACUUUACGACGAGCCAAGAUAUGACAGAUUCGAAGAGCUCCAACCUUUGGAACAAUUGGAACCUUUAAUGCCAUUGGAAUUUGACGUGGAAAAUGAUGAUAAUAAAAAGGACAAGGACGUCGAAUUUAUAACCCCGGCAACAACCGGUCUACAAUUUCCUACGACCCUAGGCCGUCAUUUCGUCGAGUGGCUUGGCUCUCUUCUAGGACUUUCUUACGGAAUUUACGCGAAACUUACGAGAGCCAUUCAUAACAAUUAUACGCUUUAUUAGGGUCAAU